AUGGGUGUCUCCGAUUUAAUCCGCGGCCGCAACAAUACGCAGCUAGCGCAGAGCGUCGCGGGGUCCAAAUUCCACAGUCUCGAUUAUGAGGUCCGAGUUUCGUCGCCCAACAAUGGCGGCAGCCAGAAUAGCAUGGUGACUCUAAAUAAUCGCCACGAAUCGCAGACCGAGAACCACCACAAGGAAGUUACCCAAGGUGCACGUUUGGGCAUCCAAAAAGCCGAGGCGGCGGCGCUGGCGUGGAGUAAGAAAACAGCCUACGGCACUUAUGCAUUAAUCUGGCUCAGUUUCUUCCUUCUCGCUCUGCAAUCCUCCAUCAGCACCAACGUCAUCCACAAUGCCUACGCAUCUUUCGAAGCCGCGCCCGACAUCAGUACUGCAAAUAUUCUAGCCAGCGUCAUCAGUGGCGUGAUGAAGCUGCCGGUCGCGAAGCUGUUGAACAUCUGGGGUCGCAGCGAAGGAUUUUUGGUCUUCAUCGGUGUCUAUCUCCUUGGACUGAUCAUCCUGGCAUCUUGCAACAACCCCAGUGCUUACGCAGCGGGAUACGUGAUCUACUGGGUGGGAUACGAUGCCAUCUUCUUGAUCUUGGAUGUCUUCAUGGCGGAUACGUCCAGUUUGCGCAACAGGGCCUUUGCGUUCGGGUUUGCGAGUACCCCGUUCAUCUGCACGGCUUUUACCGGUCCGAUCGCAGCACAGUCGUUCAUCAACACUACCUCGUGGCGCUGGGCGUAUGGCACCUUUGCGAUCAUAACGCCAUUUGUCUUUCUUCCGUUGGCGGGCACGUUCAAGUUCUAUCAACGCAAGGCCCAGAGGAUGCAUAUUUACAGACGGGAGCCGACCGGUAGAACGACGGUGCAGUCGAUAGUGCAUUAUAUCAAGGAGUUUGACGUAAUCGGUGCUUUACUACUCAUGGCCGCCUUUGUUCUCCUGCUCCUCCCAUUCAGUCUCACCACAAACGGCAACACCGAAUACAAAAGUGCCACCUUUAUCAGCAUGAUCGUCAUCGGCGUCUGCCUCUUCUUCGUCUUCGCCGCCUGGGAACGAUUCUUCGCCCCCUACCAAUUCAUCUACUACCCCUUGCUCAAAGACCGCACGAUCCUCGGCGCCUGUUCGCUCGCCGCCGUUCUCUUCUUCAGCUUCUACGCCUGGGAACUCUACUUCUACAACUUCUGCAUGGUCGUCUUCGGCCUCAGCAUCAGCAUGGCCGGUUACAUCGGACAGAUCUACAACGUGGGGUCGUGCUUCUGGUCCGCCGUCUUCGGCAUCCUGGUCUACGUCACUAAACAGUUCAAAUACUCUUGCCUGGGCUUCGGUCUCCCUCUCAUCCUCCUCGGCGCAGGGCUCAUGAUCCACUUCCGCGCGGCAGACAGCAACAUCGGAUACAUCGUUAUGUGUCAGAUCUUCAUCGCCUUCGGCGGCGGAACGCUCGUCAUCGGUCAGGACAUGGCGGUCAUGGCGGCGUCGAAUCGCGAAGGUGUGCCCAUGAUGUUAUCGCUGAUCGGUCUGUCAAGUAGUCUAGGCGGUGCGGUCGGGUCGGCCGUCUCCGCGGCCAUCUAUACGAAUAUCUUCCCCUCGGUGCUGCGCGAUGCGUUGCCCGCGCAGAACAAGGGCGAGUACCUGGCGAUCUACAAUGGUGGAUAUGUCAAACAAGUCGAGUAUCCUGUGGGAUCGGACGUUCGCAAUGCCAUUAUCGAGGCGUACAGCGCGUACAUGAAAUACGGAUGUAUCGCUGCGGUCGCAAUCAUGGCACUGGGUAUCCCGGCCAUCGCCGUAUGGAGGAAUUAUCGGGUGGAUAAGGAGCAGAACAAGGGGGAGAUGAUCUCGGGCUCGAUCGACCUACCGUGGUUUUUGCAUCUCGAUCACGAAGAUGAAGUGGUCUUCGGUUUUGCAGACAACCAGCAGACGGUCAAAUCCGGCACCUUGACCGGUCUGGUCGAGCAAUUGACGCGUCACGACCGAUUGGAUUCCUCGUUCAAUGAGACGUUUCUCACGACCUUCAAUACAUUUACGACGGCCCCAGAGCUAUUUGAUAUGCUCGUUCAACGGUUCUACGUUAAACCACCCGAGGAGCUGGAUGAGACAGAACUGCAGCAAUGGAUGGAGCAUAAACAGCACGCUAUUCGCCUACGAGUCGUCAAUGUCCUACGCAACUGGCUCGAGCGGUUCUGGGUGGAACCCGAUAAUGAAGACACGAAAAAGUUCCUACGAGAUGCGCUCGUCUUGAUGAAGAGCUCCCCGGAAAUGAUGGCCACGCCGACAUCGUCGCAUCUCCUCACCGUCAUCGAGCAGCGCUUACAAGGCCAGCAAUCCCUCCGGCGAUUCAUCCGCACUCCCACAUCCUCUGCGCCACCUCCCAUGGUCCCCAAGAACAUGAAGAAGUUAAAGUUACUGGAUGUCGACCCGGUCGAGUGUGCGCGCCAACUCACCAUCCUUGAAUCCAGUUUCCACCGCCGCAUCAAGCUCUCUGACUGCCUGAACAAAGGUUGGCAGAAACGAGGCCCUGAUAGUUCGGACCCCUCAACGGCAGUGAACGCCAUGAUCUUGCAUUCCAAUCAGCUAGCAAACUGGGUCGCCGAGACCAUCCUUUCGCAGAGUAACAUGAAGAAGCGCGUGGCGAUGAUGAAAUACUUUAUCAACGUGGCUGAGGGAUGCCGUGCUUUUAACAACUUCGCCACCUUAAUGUCCAUCAUCUCCGGCCUGGGCUUGACGCCCGUCUACCGCCUCCGAUUCACCUGGAGCCAAGUCAGUCGACGAACACUCGCCAGUCUCGAAGAUCUUCGGCAGCUCAUGAGCAGCUCCAGAAACUUUGUCCAGUAUCGCGAGACAUUACGCGAUAGCGAACCACCCUGCGUCCCUUUCCUCGGAAUCUACCUAACCGACCUAACCUUCCUCGAAGACGGCAACCCCAACCACACCUCCACAGGCCAAAUCAACUUCACGAAACGCGCCAAAAUGGCCACCAUCCUCCAUGACCUCCAACAGCACCAAGUCACCUCAUAUCCCUUCCUACCCGUCCCCGAACUCCAAGACUUCCUCACCGCUGGCAUCAAGUCCGCGAAGGACGUACAUGAGAUGUACGAUCAGAGUCUAGAUCUCGAGCCGAGACAGCAUGGCGAGGAGGAUUUGCCUGGCGGGAGUGAUGUCGGAUAUGUAGCGACCGGGAGUCAUAUGAGCUCUGUGGUUAUUGCUACCAUCAUCUAUAUGCAGAGGAUUCCGGUCAGAUCUAGAUAUUUUAGAGUGCUUUAUACGGCAGACCCUACCGCAGGAUACCCAAAGUAUGUCCGACAUGCCAAAGACGGCCAAUGGCGGGUAGAGACGGCUAACUCAACGAAAACAAACAAGACAAACUGCUUUCUUCUCACUCCGACGCGUUUCUCCCUCCUUCAUCCCUACCUGAACCUUGUGGAGUUCAUCGAUGAAAUGCCGGAUUUGCGUACAUUGGAUCUGCCUAUGAAGCGCAAAGCCACUAAUGAUGUUGAAAAUCCCCCAGUCCAGCCAUCACGUCAGGUCCAACCAAUCUCCUGGACCUCGAGACAGCUGCAACCUUUAAACUGUGAUUUCGCUCUCGAGAAGGUGGAGUUGAAGAGAGGUGUCCCACCGUCAAAGUCAGCUAUUAGAACUCUGCGUGACCGGCAGCCGAGCAUUAAUCCCAUCUUUGCGGUCGCCCUGCUACGGUGCCCAGCUACCUUGGAAGCAAAGAAUUCAGAUGUGACAGACAUUCUCGGUCUCUACGAUUUACAAUCUCUUAGCUCGAAUUACCUGCCAUUCUACUAUGGACACCGGAGAGUCUCUGAGAUCCAAGUUGAUGGCGUUUUCUCCCGUCACUCUACAAAUCCGAGCCUCGCGUACAUCACGCGCAGCGGCAGCUUACAGCAGAAUCACACCCAACAGCGAAGCUUCAACAGGAAUGUUCUGGAUCAGCCAGCUCAGUGCACGAUAGUUUGUCCAGACCCCUCGCUUUGUCAAGGGCCGAUACAGAUGAGCCAUGAUUUGGGCCGAUUUUUCAAGAUCAACGUUCUCGCUACACCGGGCGUGGUGGCUGAGUUCCUCCACGUCUAUUCCGCGUGCAUCUCGGCGGAAUUCCUCGAUCGCUUGGAUGCUCCAUCGCAAUCUUUGCCCAGUCAUCCUGUUCUUGUCAAAUACCACCGCAUCCCUAUAGUGAAAGAAAAGAAAAAGGAAGUUUCUUCAGGAGCUCCACAGCCUACUUUGUACUGGGACAUGCACUUUGUGCGCUGGCGGCCAGCCCACAAAUCCUGA